UUGUAAUUAGUUUUGUUUGUAUGACUGCUAUGUGAUCAGCUAUAGCUCGUGUUGGUGUAGUUCGUGUUGGCUGUUGUAAUGGUGAAGUCACAGCUGUUGUAGUUUGUGCUUUAGAAGUCAUUGAUCCACUGUACAUUGGUGCUGUGCUGUGAGUGGCUGUUGAUCCGGUGGUUUGUUUUGCAGCUGCGAGUGGCACAAUUGUUAUUGAUUCCGAAGAAGGUGUUGAUGAAGUCACUGAACCUGUUCUUACACGUGAAGAGCUUUUUACUGGAGUUGCUGAAUGCGAGCUUGCAGUUGUAAAUUGUGUUGUUCCUAUCAGUCUUGUAUGAUCAGCUGUCGUUUCUGGUGGCAUUGUGACAGAUAAUGUAGUUUGUGUCGAAGAGAUUUGUGAUGGUGCUGUAGUUAAUUUAGUUGUCACUCAUAUUGCUGAUACAGAUGUUGGUGAAGCCACUGAUUUGGUUGUUACAGAUGAUAGAGCCUCAGGUUGAGUUUGUAAUUGAGUUUUUACAGUUGUAAUUUCAGUUGAUCUUUGAAGGGGCAAAGCCACACUUGGUGUUGUUUUUGUGUAUAUAGUGACAGAUGCUGAGGUUUGUGAUGCAUUUGUAGUUGUAGCCAUACCACUGGUAGUUUGUGUUGCUGUUGGUGUUUAAGCCCAUUUCUGUGGAUGGUAUCACUUUUGUCAGUGUUGUCACUGAUCUAGAUGUAAAGGAUAUGUUGUGAUUUACAAACUCAUCUGUGAGCAGUUUAAUUGUUCAUUCUAAUGUAGAUGACUGUGAUGUGACUUAUUGUGUUGUAACAGAUGCUGGAGUCUUUGACUGUGUUGAUGAAUCUCUAAAAUGUGGAAAUGCUGGUUCUGUUGUUCAGAUUUAUGCUGUGGUGAAUAUCCAAAGAUAAUAUGUCUCGGUUGGAUGCAAUAGCUUACAUAGUUGCCAUGGGUGCAGCAGUUCAAAAACUGCUAGAGGUAAACAAUGAGCUGGAAUGCAUUUCCAUGCUUUAGUGAUUUUAAUUUGAUUGUAGAUAGGAAUUUGAUAUGCAAAGAAGAAUUUUCGCUUUCAUAGAAGAUAGCAAUUGUGAUGCACUGUUUUUUGUGUCAAAGAACUUGUUUGCAGUGCUGUUUUUAUCAGGGCUCCCUCCUCUGUCCCAGCUUCAGCUGCCCACCUGACCUCCCUCAUCCUCCUCCCUCCUAUUCCUCUCUCCACCUUCGUGCUGCAGCUCGGCAGAGCUGCUCUGUCCAGCUGCUGCUCAUCACCAAUCACUUGUCAACGGAACUCCGGGCAGCUGCGGUGCAGCACACCUGAUGAUCAUCUCCACAAUAAAAGCCAGCUGCACACUCCACACCCUGCCAGAUAGUAAACUCUGCACAUGCAGUCAGUCGUCUAGCCUUGAACCUUUGCUGAGAUUUUUUCCAUUGAAAAGCUUUACCUUGACUAACCCUGUUUCUCUUGCCUAGCUCCGCUGACCCAGCUGCCCGGUUCCACCUGCUCGGGAGCAAGGGUCAGUCUCGGGUCAUUACGAGUGGAAAAUAAGCCUGAAGUACAAAAUGGCCAACUACCGCACUAGACUGCGGAACAUUGGGUGUCCAGAAUUAAGCAUAAAUGCUGCCAAAGAAAAACGCAGGACAACAGGCAAAGGUCCCAACCAAGUGAAGAAGCCACGGAAAGCAGAGGUCAGUUACUGUCCUGAUUAUCCCAUAGGGGAAACAAAAGCAAGUCUUGAGCUGGAAAGAAAAAUCCUGUUGUUGGAGGUAAAGAAAAAGAACCAACCACUGAUAAAGGCUAAAAUGGAAAGAACUUUUGCCUACAGGAGACAGGAAAUCAUUCAGGACAUGCCCUUCAUCACCGAGUUCCAAGACAGAUGGCCAGCUCUGUUUUCUGAGAGCGAGCUAAAUGCAGAAUUCACACGCAUCACAACUGUUCCCCUGCUGUCCAGAAUCAUGUCCAAACUGGAUCAUUACACAAACCAGUUGAUGAAGGUGUUUAGAAAGAAGGGUGGAGCAGCAGGGCACAAAAUGAGCAUGAUCGUGGCAGCCAUGGACAAGAAUCCUACUGUUGAAACACGACGAGAAUGCAUCCUCAAAGCACUUUGUGUGUACCUCAAUGGAAAUCCAGAAAAUUUCAUAAAGGACUAUGUGGUUGUUGAACCUGGUGCAAUGAGAGCAAUGGAGGAAAAGGUCAUGGAAAUCUAUGUUAUCCGACAUGAGGGAGCAGAGCCCACAGAGUCGCCUGAGGAUGUUGGCAUCAUAAUUGAGGGAGUUGAAGUGUUGCAGGAUCUGAGAGACGUGGCAAAUGGGUGUGCAGUCCUGUUUGGCCUCAUCUACAGUUUAAACCUCACCUACCCCAAAAGACCUGAGAUACACGUUUGAAUUUUUCAGAAAGUUUCGAUGGAUUUGGAUGGCAACGGACUUUCCACAAAGGUGCAGGUCCUCAAGAACCGAUUACAUGAGUAAUCCCACCUGCAGUACACCACUGACUGAAGUGAUUAUUGCAUUUAAAACUGAAAAAACUCUACUGGCACUAAUUGUGCGUCUGUACCCUGCAACAGUGUGUGUACACGUUGCUUCUUUUUUUUUUUUUUUUUAAACCUGUAUUUUCCUAAGCAGAGAAUUUGUUCUGCCCCCUGCCUCUCUCCCAGGAAACAAUUUGGACAUGGACUUGUAGCUAUAAACUGCAAUUGAUUAUAGAAACUGGUGAAACUGUGAUGGGGGUUACUGGUUCUUAUAGUUGUUUUAUUAUGUUGAGUAUUAUAACAUCUGAUAUGUUUUUUUUUGGUUGGUUGUUUGUUUUUACCCUCAAGUGGUAAAUGUUUCUGCAGAGAAGUUUGUCAUUCAAAUAGAACACUCAUUUGCUCUUUUUCAGUUUUUUAAAUUUUUAUGUUCUUAUGUAUUAUCUGAUGUGUAACAUCAAGCUCUAGUAAUUAAGGAAUGUUUUCUCCAUUUUUUUUCUCCAAUGUUUAAGACAAUGUUAUUCAGGCAUGACUAGUGCACUUUAAAGGAACCAAGAGUUUUGUCAAUUUUUGAAGCUUGAUCAAAAUUUUUAUAACUUUUCUCAAUUUAUUGAAUGUUUUAAGUGCACAACACUAAAUGGUGUAGUUGUGUUUAGAUAAUUGUGUUAAUAAUGGUUUAUUUGCUAUUUCUCAGUUUGGAGAAUUUUUUUAAUGUAAUAUCUGAUGUGUAAUAUGAAGCAAUAGUAAUUUAGAUAAUUGUUAAGGUUUUCUCCAAUUUAUUUACAUGUUUAAGACAAUGUUAUUCAGGCAUGUCUAGUGCACUUGAAAGGAACUAAGAGUAAUAUUUUUGAAUCUUAAUUUUUUGUACAUUUGUCUUUAUUUUUUCUCAGUUUAUUUUCUCAGAUUUAUAGAAAAUAAAAAAGUGCUAAGCACUGAAUACUCUUGUUUUGUUUACAGUGGUUUAGUUUAUUGCAAGGUUGAUGUUGGGUUGUUUUUUUUCUAUUAUUACUUUUUCCAAGUCAGUUAGCAUCAACCUGUACUUGUUGGGGCCUGUUUGUUUGACACAUGCCUUACAGUUGAUGACCUGAUAUAUUUUUUAUAAAGUCAGGUGAAGUAAAAUGACUAACU